AUAGCUUCACAUUUACGCGCGAAAACAGCAAAACAAUAAUAAAAUAAGUAUCAUUUUACGGCGGCACAAUGGAAUUUCACCUGAAGAAACGUCCCCGGCACGAUGUCAAGGUCGAGGUUGUCAGCCUGGAAAGCAAGUAUCCGCACAAUGUGAUGCUGUACCACUAUCCGCCGACCGACGACGUGCACAUUGAGGAGUUCGAGGAGCUGGCCCUGGAGCGCCUGCGGCUACUGCGUGUUCUGGAUCGUGCCUUCACCAAGAAUCUUCGUCUGCUCUCCGACGAGUGGAAGGAGUACGUGAACGCGGAGCUGACUCGCGAGGGAUUGCGCAGCUAUCUGAGACUGUGCUCCGCCGGUGGCAGCAAGCACGAGUCCGACAUUCAGACGCGGCGGCGGGAUUACCUGUCCCACUUCAUCCUCCGGUUGGCCUACUGUCGCUCCGAGGACCUGACACGCUGGUUCGUGGCCCGGGAAAUGGAGCUGUUUCGGUACAAAUUUGCGGCGCUCAGCAGCUCUGAGGUGAAGCAGUUCCUGGAGUCGAACGGCUUCGAGAUUCAUCCGCUGACCGAGGCGCAGAAGGAUGAGGUCAAGGAUGGUCUGUACGAGAGCACGGCUGGCCAGAGUGUCUCCAAGAUCGAGUUGCUGGACUUCUACAAGGUGCCCUUCACUGAUGUUCUGGAUUUGGUGCGCGGACGACGCUGUUACCUGAAGGCAGGCUUUGCCUACGUAAACACCCUUGAUCUGGUAUCCAUAGUGGGUACCCGACAGCAGGAGGAGAUCGAGCAGGGCCUGCAGGCAGCCAAGGGUCUGGUAGAGGAGGUCGAGGGCGACGAGCGCAUUUCGCGCAUGCUAAAGGCCCUGCACAACUCGUACACCGGCAAGGACUACACUGUGUGCCGUGAUGCAGCGAUUCCCAUUGAAUCCCUCGACCAGCUCUCCAAGACCUCCAUGCCGCUGUGUAUGCGGAUGUGUCACGAGCACAUACGCGCCCAGCACCACGUCAAACACGGUGGUCGGAUGCAGUACGGCCUGUUCCUCAAGGGGAUCGGGGUAACGCUGGAGGAUUCCUUGCGUUUCUGGCGCGAGGAGUUCACCAAGAAAAUGGACGCGGACAAGUUUGCGCGCAGCUACGAGUACAACAUCUACCACAACUAUGGAAAGAAGGGUUCCAUGGUGAACUACACGCCCUACUCCUGCGCCAAGAUCAUCAAGGAAAUGGCAGCGCCUGGGGAUUGCCACGGCUGUCCCUACAAAUCCAUGGAUCCGAGUUCCCUGAAAACGAAGAUGGCGUCCUAUGGCCUGUCCGCCAGUGCCAUUGACGAGGUUAUGUUCUUUGUAUCCCGCGGUCACUAUCAGAUCGGCUGCGGCAAGUACUUCCAGCUCACCCACAGCGCCAGCGUUGAGCCGACCAUUAACCAUCCGAAUCAUUACUUUGAGGAGAGCCAGAUUUUGAUGGGAAACCGACAGAAGCGGACCACAAACGGACCCGCACCGCCUAAGGCUCGCGUCCGGCCGGACAUCAAGGGCUGUGCAGACCGCUCCAUGCUGAUGGGAGACGACGACGACGAGCUGUGGCGCAUUGCCGAGACCCAAGAGAGGGCCAUGCAGAGCCAAAAGGCUAUAUCGGAGGCCUUUGAUGAUGAUUUGGAUCUAACAGAAAUUGAAUAUUAAGUGCAGUACAAAGUAAUCUAAAAUAAAAUAUAUUAUAAGUAUGAA